GCGAGUCCUGGGCUGAGGUGGAAACCCUGGGCAGUGCAGAUCACAUCCAUGGCCCCAGCAUGGAGCACUUCCUUCCACAGCUACUGUGGGACGUCUCUGUGACCGGCCCUGCUCCCAGUGGCUGAGGUCUUCACGGGAUCACGUGACACGGACCCCUGCUGGCCCAGGCGCAGUGGCUGUGGGAGAGGAAGGAGCGGCACAGUGAUCAGAAGCAAGUGCCCAGUGUGGAGUUCCCAGGGGAGCCGUGGGGCGGGGCUGCACUGUAACAUGGGUGAGGGGUGCAGGUCAGGGACCUGGGAGGAGGGAGUUGGGGUGUAAGCCUGCACCACGGUACGUUCAAGGGCACGUGCUGGCACCUAAGGUGCGGGAGGGAGGGUGGGAGGAGGGAGAAGGCAGCGGAAGAGAGGCUGGGCAGGUGACUGUGUCCACUGCUCUGUGCCCACUUCCGGCCUGGGAGCCGCCUCCCCCCGUGCGAGGUCACCCUGGGCUUCUGAGCAGAGGGCCCCUCGGCCUGGGUCUUGGGGCCAUUCCUGGGGCGGAAUGGGGCUGAGGACCCUCAGAGGGGGCUGUGGUCCAGGAAGGACGCGUUCCUGGGCAGGGCCGCCAGCGCUGGCACACGCUGUCAGGGAGGUCCAGGGACAGGGGGUGGCCUGGACACGGGGUGAGGUGGACAGAGGGUCCAGGUGAGCCAGGUUCCCGAGGGCGGCACGGUGCCGUGUGGGACAUGGGGACAGUGGUGAGGGGAGGGGACGGGGACGAGAACGGAGACCCGGUGACCCGAGAGGAGGGGCGAGAGAGAGGGAGGACCCGGGCGCCACGUGGAGGGCUCCCUAAGGAACGCGUGACGGCCGCUCCUCAGCUCCUGUCCCGGUCAUCACCGCCUUCCCUGCUCCGCCGUUUGCUCCCUGGCUGCGCUGUCUGUGUCCCCUCUGCUGGUGGCCGUCAGGGUCAGCGCAGGGCUGGCAAGGCCGCGCCCUGCACACGUGUGAGCUGGAGGACGCUGGCUGGACGGGCGCGAGAGGAGGCCACGGGGACGCCGUGCCCGGCUCGUCCCAGGCGAGUUUGUGCGAUGAUUCUCUGCACGGGGUCCUUGCUGCGUGGACGUCCCCAGGCCCAGCUGACCUCACAAUGGGCUAUUUUAAUUCUACGCCGACCCCCUGGAAAGGGACAGAUGAAGUCACCACGAAUUCCGACCUGCUGCAUGCAUCCAGGCUGGGAAGAUCAUCUCCACUCUUGGGGCAUCUCCCUCCUGGGGCUGGGGGCCAACGGCCUCGUCCUGUCCCUCCUGCUCUUCUCCAUCGGGUGGCACCGCUUCUCUGUCUUUCUUUUACACCUGGCUCUGGCUGACUUUAUCUUCCUCGCCUGUCUGGUUUUGGAGUUCACGCAACAGAUACUUCAGUAUUUUCGUGACAUAAAGUUUCAUCUUCCAUACGUGGAGGCGUUCCUCGGCGCGUCCUACACGGUGGGGCUCCGCCUGCUGACCUUCAUCAGCGUGAGCCGCGGCCGGCCCGUCUUCUUCCCCAUCCAGUACCGGCUGCACUCUCCGAAGUACUGGCCCGCCGUCCUGUGUGUUCUCACCUGGGUCUUGGCCAUUUCCCUAACUGUGCUGCAGAAAAUGAUCUGUCGGCUUCCUUCUCGAACACAUCCCUCAUUUGGUCACCCCUGUUAUAUAGGGUGAUCUCUGUUUCUUGUCAUUCUUCUGUCUGUAACACUACUGUGCGUCGUGGUUACGUGGAUCAGAAUCCAGUGCAGCUCCCGCGUGCGUCCACCCCGCAUGUUGUACAUCAUC